UCUAGGGUUUAACAACCUUCCCCUUUCUACAAAAACUCAUCACUCAAUCAUAAUCCCAAUCACAUCAUCAUCAACCUCUCAAACUUUUAUGCUAAAAAGAUUCACAAUAUCAAAACCCCAUAAAUUCCCCUUUCACAAUCACACUCAAAUGAAAGAAAUAAAAACAAAAAGGUCUCCAUUAAACCCACAAACCAAAUCUUCAUCAAGUGUUCAAUCAACCCCAGAAAUCGAAAAAAAAUAUGUCCAUCUUGUCUAUGAUGCAAUUGCACCUCAUUUUAGUGCUACCCGUUUUGCAAAAUGGCCAAAAGUUUCCACGUUUUUGAACAAUUUACCAUCUGGGUCAGUAAUUCUUGAUGCAGGAUGUGGUAAUGGUAAGUAUCUAGGGUUAAAUUCUGACUGUUUCUUUAUUGGGUGUGAUAUUAGUGAACCUUUGAUUAAGAUAUGUAGUGAUAGAGGUCAUGAGGUUUUAGUGGCAGAUGCUGUGAAUCUUCCGUAUCGAGAUGGGUACGGUGAUGCCGCGAUUUCGAUUGCGGUUUUGCAUCAUUUGAGUACUGAAAAUAGGAGGAAGAAAGCUAUUCAUGAGUUGGUUAGAGUUGUGAAAAAAGGUGGGCUUGUUUUGAUUACUGUUUGGGCUGUUGAACAAGAGGAUGGGAAUUUGGUUAAGAAGUGGACCCCGGUUGCCGGUAAGUAUUUGGAGGAGUGGAUUGGUCCGGGGAGUCCGAGGGGUAGCCCACGGUCUAGGAGUGGUUCGUCGGUUGCUUUGGAAAGUAUUCCGGAAAGUGAGGUUAGUGGGAAUAGUGAAGAAGUUAAAGAUUUUGGUAAUGUGAAUGAAAAGAAUGAGGAUUUUGGAGAGGAUAAGCAACAAGAGUAUUUUGUGCCGUGGCAUUUGCCUUAUCAUCGAGCUGAAGUGAGUGGUGCUUCGGCUGCUGCAGUUGAGAAUGGUUUUGCGCGGAAAGAUAAUCAGAAGGGUGCGAUCGUUUAUGAUAGAUAUUAUCAUGUGUUUGGUGAGGGUGAACUUGAAAGGUUGGUUUCUGGCAUGAAGAACGCAGUUAUUGUGGAUCAAUUCUUCGACAAGUCUAACUGGUGUGUAAUUCUUGAGAAAACCUCGUGAUAAACCUGGCAUUUGAUUGAACAAUGAUGCAUUGCGUGUUCAACUUCACAACAGAAGGUGCUAAUGAUUAGCAAAACAUUACAAGGUGAUCGAAAGAUAAAGGAAAGACCCUUUUAUUGCAAAUUCAGGGACACUUCUUUCUAUCACCUUUGAUUUACAGAUUUGUAUGUGUAUCAUUUCAAGUCCCUGUUUUCGGGUAUAGAAUUUUGUAACUCUGCUGUUUGAAAGUUCUGUCUUUGUAAUCUGAUAUCUCCAAGUUGAGCUGUUAUAUUACUUUAUUGAUGUUUAUUCAGAUACCGGUACAUGGGCUAACUAGAAGAAAUGAGCUGUAGGCAUGUAUCACCAUUUUUAUCUGUACACCAAUAAAGUGGCGUAGAUUUUUACUGUAUCAACUAUAUAAUCAAUCAAUUUACAAACUACGUUGCGCUAGUAAA